AUGGUACCUGCAAGUCGAAGCUUCUCAGCUAACACCAAAAACUCUUUCCGAACGUCAAAUAAUUCCAGAUCUACCAGAAUUGCCGCCCCCAAUUCUUCAACCUAUGCUACAACAGAUCUCCGUCGAUUUAGGUCUUGA